AUGCCAUCAUCUUUUGAAUCCCAGUUAUUUUUGUCUAGACCGUAUCUCACCAAAAACCAAAUUAUGUGUGCACAAAGGAAUACAAUCACUGAUCGAAGAACUUAUAAUCAGAAAAAGCUUGGUAUUCUUAAUUUUUUAUCCGAACUUUGUAUCAAAUUGGAGUUACCUAGAAAGACUUUAGAAACCGCUAUGUAUUUCUAUCAACGGUACCAUCUUUUCAAUAGUUUUGAAACAGAACUAUGUUAUACAGUAGCCACAAGUUGUUUAGUUUUAAGUUGUAAGCAAGUAGAAACAGUCAAGAAGGUUAAUGAGAUUGCUAUUCUAUCAUUACAAAUUCGUAAUAUGAUUAAAAUAAAUCCUAAUAUAUUGGAAUCAUUUAAGAAAAGAUUAUAUCAAAUCGAAUUAAGGAUACUGGAAUCAUGUAAUUUUGAUUAUCGUAUCAAUAACAAUGUCUAUAUUGAUGAAUAUAUUAUAAAGAUUGGUAAAACGUAUUCCUUUGAUUUUAAAGUCUGUAGUUUAGCGUGGUGUAUAGCGUACGAUGUUUUAAAACUCGAUGUGAUUCUCAUGGUACCACCACCUAUAAUUGCAUUAGCUACAAUAAAAAUUGCAUACGAGCUUUAUAAUUUAAAACAUUGGCCAUUGAAUAGUCAUGAAGCGAUAGGUGCAGAUGAAGUUAUAGUGGAUGACAUUAUGUUCCAUAUAAUAGAUUUCUACAUUAAUGCAUUUGAUUUAUGCGAUUUGAAGUAUAACUUACCAGCAGAUUUGGAUCCAAUUAGCGUUGAAACAUUCAUUCAAAUAAAGAGUCAGUUGGGACCUGAAGUCAAUUCUGAAGACGUACCGAAUAACUAUGUAAAAUAUGAUAUAUUUUUGAAUAAACCUAGACAAUAUUCUGUUCAAGAAAGAAGAUAUGUCCUUUCCUCUAAGUUUUUAAAGGAAGAAUUAGAAUCCUUACAGAAUGUGUAA